UAAAAUCAAUUGAUAUCCCAGACGAGUUAUAAUAAUAGAAAUAAUAGGAAAAUAUAACAAUGUUUGGAGAUAUAUUUUCAUAAAUAGGUAUUUUUGAUUCUGACUUAUAAUAUCUAGACAAUGAAUACUAGGUGGAUGCGGAUACUUUACAAAUAUCGAUGUUUCAGGACCCAGAAAUCUAGAACGUGCACUGAUGUUAAUUGAAUGUUGCAAAAUAUUCAGAAGUAAGUAGGUGGGAUGGAAAUGAAAAGCCCAGAAAAAAAUGUGGGAUACAAUAUCAGAACACAUGAAGAGAAAGUGUAAUAAAAUACACACCCCAAAACUGCGAAAAUCGUUGGCGGGUGCUGGAGAGAAAUUAGUGCUAUGUGAAAAAUAAUUCCAGUACUGGACGUGGCAGAAAAUACUUUGAAUUUGCGGAAGAAAUGGACACUAUUUUCAGGAGGAAGAAAAAUAUAAAUCCAGAAAUUCUACUGACCACAUCAGGUGAGAUUCGACCAUAUAAUGAAAAUGAGGCACAGCACAUGGAUAUGAUUGAAAAUCAGGAAACACCAACAAAAGCGCUUGGGAUGUCUGCAGCUAAAGUUAAGCAGCAAAAGGUAAUACAAUAUAAAAAAGAAAACAUUCUGAAAUAAAUACAAUUAGACCGAAAACAAUACCAAGAGGAGAGACUGGAAUUGGAAAAAUACAAAAUAGACUCCUUAUUAGAACUGCAAAAACAGAAAUUACAAAUAAAAAAUAAACAAGUUGAGGUUUUAAAAAAAAGAAACGAAAUAUUGAAAAACAAAAAAUAGAUCCCCUGACAAAAUGGUUACUAAAUCGUAGUUAUUGUGUGUGUUAUCUUGUGUUUAUGUGCAAUAUUGUUUGUGUUUGUAGUUAUUAUAAUGACAGAUAUACAGGGUGACUUCGAAGUUGAGUCAUUUAUUUUAACAGUGAGUAGAUCUGAUCAAAAGAAAUGUUUUUUCCUUUAACAUUUUCCUGGUAAAAUUAAAGUAC